AUGACCGAGCGCAUCGUCGGCCGGCCAUGGACUGCUCAAGAGGACCGUCUUCUCGCCAGCGCCGUCGCAGUCCAUGGAGAGUCAGACAACUGGAAGGCCGUCGCCCACUGUGUCCCGGAAAGGUCCAAUAAAGCCUGCAGGAAGGCAAGUCGAUGGCUCCAUUCCCUAUCACCGAAUGUGAAGAAAUCUGCUUGGACGCCAGAGGAAGACCAUCUACUUUUGGAACUCUACGAAGUCCAUUCAACCAAGUGGUCUGUGAUCGCAAGGCAUAUACCCGGUCGUACUGACGACGCUUGUUCAAAACGCUAUCGUGAGGCGCUCGACCCGUCCCUCAGACGUGACGAAUGGUCCAAGGAGGAGGACGACAGGCUCUUUGACGCGUACUCACGUUUGGCUGGGCGAUGGGGCCAAGUCGGCCAGGAGUUACAGCGCAGCGGAUUAGCCUGCCGUAACAGAUGGAGGCUUCUCGAGCGAAAAAGAAACAACCUAACCGAACCUCAGGGUGUCGCAGUUUCAAAAUUCGGCCCUUACCAAACUGGGGAAAUUCACGCCGUACCGCACCCUAUUACCUCCGUUCCGCCGGCCGAUAAUACAUCCGCGGUUUUUGACUAUGGGGUAGUCCUCGAUCCAUCUCUUGUCAACGCCACACGAACCACGGACUAUACUGUUGGACAUCGCCCCGUGUAUGAGGACCACGUUGCACAAUAUAACGAGAUCCAACGAAGCGUCGCUCCCACACCUGUACCAUCUCAUAUACCCGUUCCCCCUCAACGUGCGUCGGAAUAUUAUUCGCCUGCUCCUCAUCAUAACGAGUGUCACCAUCAAUUGAUCCGUGAUGGAGAGACUUCUCCAUCACAAUUAUCUCGAGAUUCGCGUUAUCCAACCACUUCUCAGGGUCCUUCCGCUGCAUUAGUCCCUACGGCACUAGGCCUACCCCACGAGGCGACUGACAGCUACUACGUGGCUCAUCGUCAACAGCUUGAGCAUGUUCAGCACGUUGUGAUGUCAUCGCCCGAUUCAUCAUCCGUCUGCAGCGUUUCCCACGAGUAUUUCCCGUCUUCAUCCUCAUCGGAUCAUUGUUCCCCCGUUUCGCCUGUCGAUGGUGCAUUACACCAGACACCCUGCAAUCAGUACUAUCCAUCCCCUGAACAUGUGGUGCCUGCGCACCAAGACAUUAGCUCAAUUUCGCGGCCCACCACAACAGCACCUGAAGCUCGUGGAGACUAUUAUCAACCACAGUUCAAAGGGCAAUUGCAGCCUCAAUUUCACCCACUGUCGAACGAACCCAAGCUUAACGGACACUGUGCUCCUAUGUCUGUUGCUGAUACAGGUCCACCAACCGUCUCGCCUAACUUCCAUUCUGCACCAUCCGCUCAGUGUUCAGCGUCUAUCAGCCCAUCUGCGUACGUGCAUCUACGUACUGCCAGUCCCAAGACCAUCGGAUCAGUGACGCAAUUGACUAACGCGAUGUCAUUUCUUAGCCCCUCCAUAAAGCCAUAUGCGUGCGGUCACGAGAGCUGCUGGCCGGUGGCCGCAGCGAGUUCCCUUGCUUGUUACACUACUUCGCGAGGUCUUUCAGACCACAAUAAGAGUUCUCAUCCAGAAGACUCUGGCGGAGAGAGACCCUACAGAUGUGGCUUAGACGGUUGCGGAAAAUCUUGGAAGGCACGUUAUUUCGGUUCUGAAAGCAUUAACGGGUUACAGUAUCAUUUGCAAAUAUCGAAGGCCCAUUUCCAACACGCUAUUGUGUCGACUUUCGUCACCUCUUACAUCGAUGGCCUCGCUGUGCCUUGUGUGGAUGCAUCUCCUGGCGAAAGUGAUGGUAAGACUAAGAAGCAAUACUCUUGUCCGCAUCAAGGCUGCCCGAAUCGGUAUAAGCAGCUCAGUGGACUGCGUUAUCAUCUAACCCAUGGUCAUCCUACGGACCUUCCGGUUCAGCUGGAUUUGGUACCUCCUGCCCUGAGUCGCAAAUUGGCUGAGAAGAUGCGGAAGGAUGGUACUGGCUCACAACCCCCUGAGACGCACACGCACAAUUCUCUUCCUGUUCCCGCCCCCUCGCAGAGCUGCUCUCCCGGGCAUGUAUCUGCAUAA